AUGCACCGCCACAAGCGGAUCUCGUCAGCGUCCUUCCCCGCGCCAGCCUCCUCCCUCCACGACACCGCCGGUCCUCCCCUCCUCCCUCCUCCACGCGCGCUGGCACUUCUUCUCCCCUCCUCCACACGCGCUGCCAUUCGUCCUUCCCCUAGGCGCCUGUGCUCCUCCUCUCCGCGCGCCGCCGACCUCCUCACCGCGCACCCGUGCGCCUCCUCCCCGGGCGGACUCGCCUCUCCUCGUGCCUGCCUCCUCCCCGCGCUGGCCUCGACCCCGCCCGCCGCUGCCGAAUCUCACUCCAGGCCGGCCUCCUCCCUGCCUCGACCCUACGCGCCGCCGCCGAAUCUUGCACCCAGGCCGGCCUCCUCCCCGAGCUGCACCUCCUCCUCCUGGGCCAGCUACCUUCCUGAGACAAACCUCCCCCGCACGUCAUCGACCUCCUCCUCGACCCGCGCUGGCCUCCACAUGCGCCACCGCUCCUCCAUCCCUCCCCUCCUCCACGCGCGCUAG